AUGAACGGGGGACUCGCGUGGCCUGUGCUCUUUCCCAAUUACCCCUCUGCCAGCAGUAAAUACCCGCCCCGGCGGUGCGGACACCGCGGGGUCCACGCGCACCGGCAGCCAUAUCAGUGGCCCCCAGCCGGGUGUCAGCGGCCAGCUCUGGGUCUGGGCUCCUUAUCAGGUGAUGUGGCUUCUGUCCCACUGCUUGCUCCGGCUCCUCCCUGUCACUCGGCUGUGUGUCCGCCGGUACAGCUGCUGCCAGUCGCCGGUCUCCUCUGCCGGGCUGCCCCUCCCUGCCAGGGCACCAUUGCCCCCCCCGGGCUCGCCCCCCGCAGGCUGCUGCUGGCCCUCGGGGUGGUCAUGGUCCUGCUGCUGCUCACCCCUCUGCUGCUUUUGCCCCCUCUGGGGGAGGCUCACUACGAGAUGCUCGGCACCUGCCGCAUGAUCUGUGACCCCUACCACCCCCCAAAUACCCCGGGGGAAGCCCUCCAGGACCUGAGCGGGGCCCCUCCGCCCUUCAUCCAGGGGCCAAAGGGGGACCCGGGCAGGACAGGCAAGCCGGGAGCUCGGGGACCCCCAGGAGAGCCGGGACCCCCAGGAGCCAGGGGCCCCCCAGGAGAGAGGGGGGAGCCGGGCAGAGCGGGGGGGUCGGGGGGCUCGGGGGCUGUGGCCCCUGCCCUGCCCGGACCCCGCAUCGCCUUCUAUGUCGGGCUGAAAAGCCCCCACGAGGGGUACGAGCUGCUCAAGUUUGACGACGUUGUGACCAACGCGGGGAAUCAUUACGACCCCAACUCGGGCAAAUUCACCUGCCCCGUCCCGGGCAUCUACUACUUCACCUACCACAUCCUGAUGCGGGGGGGCGACGGGACCAGCAUGUGGGCGGAUCUGUGCAAGAACGGCCAGGUACGAGCCAGCGCCAUAGCUCAGGACGCGGACCAGAACUACGACUACGCGAGCAACAGCGUGGUCCUCCACCUGGACACGGGGGACGAGAUCUACGUCAAGCUGGACGGAGGAAAAGCCCACGGAGGCAACAACAAUAAGUACAGCACCUUCUCCGGCUUCAUACUGUAUCCCGACUAGGGGCCACGUCCAGGGGC